UACAGGUAAACGUCCCUUUGUAUGUGACGCAUGUGUCAAAUGGUCUUGUUGGACGUGUGAUCGCUGAAAAACAAACGGAGGGCCAAAUUGUAUAUGGAGAAGUGCUUUCUUCUGCAAUUGUUCAUAACGGAAAUAGUAGCAAAGUUACAACCAUUACACCACCUUCUCAUUCUAAUAAUGAUAAUGAAUCCCCUUCCGAGCUUUUGGGGCUAAUUUCGUCAGGAAAUUUGCAAGUUGUCAGUAGUGAUAAUUGCACAUUUACUAAGGCACAGAAGGAAAUUGGGAAAAAUGAUUUUUCGAAGAUACCAAAUGGAAUUAAUGGUGUCGAGGAUCGUAUGUCGGUCGUUUGGGAAAAAGGAGUUUUUACAGGAUGCAUAAGUCCUUCUGAGUUUGUUGCUAUAACGAGUACAAAUGCCGCAAGAAUUUUCAAUCUUUACCCAAGAAAAGGGUGUAUUGCGGUUGGAUCAGACGCAGAUCUUGUCAUUUGGAAUCCAAACAAAACGAGAGUUAUAUCGGCUAAAACUCAUCAUCAUGCUGUUGACUUUAAUAUUUUUGAGGGAAUGGAAUGUCAUGGGGUCCCAGAGUAUGUUCUUGUAAGUGGUAGAGUUUGUGUUGAUGAGGGCCAACUUAAAGUAGUUCAAGGCUUUGGUCGUUAUAUCGAGAGGCCAGUUUUUCCCCCGUAUGUCUUCCAUCAGUUACAGAACGGUUCUGGUUAUGAAAAGCAUCUUUCAGAGCUGUCAAUUGUGGAACAAAAACAAGAUAUGAAUGAGCAUAAAGGUGACCAAGCAGUUUAUUUAGAGGAACAAACUCCACAAACAGCCUUUACAGCAAACGAUGCAUCAACACCAUGUUGUAAAGGAGCUAGGCCUGAGAGUUCGAGAAAUUUACAGGAUUCUACUUUCUCAUUAUCCUCUGAAAAUGAGACAGAUGUCGAAAGAAGGUCCUGCAUUAAGGUUAAAAAUCCUCCUGGAGGAAAAUCUUCCGGAUUUUGGUAAAUUAUCGCGCUAUCCAUGUUGUCCUAAGUUCACGAUGUCUCAGAGAAAUGAUAUGAUUAGAUUAAUCACUAAAUGAUUUUUUAUUUUUAUUGAUUUAAUUUUAAAUAUUUAUUGUAGCAUAGGGCGAUUUGGUAAAUUUGGUUUAACUGAUGAAUAGAUUAUGUUUAGUAAAAAGAAAUAGGUUAAACGUUUAGUGUUUAAUUGUACCAUUACAUAUGUACGUCCUUUUAUUUAAUUAUCAUCACGUUUUAUAUGUUACAAACGAUACCAAAGUUACAUUAAUCGUAAUGCUACAAUAUGUUAAAAAAUCGUUAGCUUUAUGAAGUUAAUGUUAUUUUUAAAAUGGUUGUGUUGUUUUUCUAUCUGUUAAGAAAAAUAAUAGCUUUUAGCACUGAAUAUUAAUGUUGAUAAUUAAAUGUAACUGUUUGCAAAGCUUUCAUCAAAUAUGGUUUAUAAGAAAUAUGUAAGAAUGUAUUAAUAUUUAAUAAAUAGCUUGUGUCAGAGAA